AAGGAUGUCGUCAACUAUACAUAUAAAUAUUUUUCCUCGGUAAAUCACACAUGACACACAAAAUGCCUGAGUAACUAUCACAGAGAAAAACAGAAAUAAUACAUGGGGGCUAUUUUUACACGUGAAUGCAAUAUUAAUGAACUUUUUUUCUUAGUGGAUUAACCCUAACUGCAUCCGGCUGCGAUCGCCUUUCCCUUUUAUUGUCGGCGGAUCCCUUUAAUAAGUGAGGUGGAAGUGAAGUGAAGCAGCUUUCAGCUCAGCUGUAGUUUGUUCGUGCAGAGCUGCAGACAGGACGGUGGAUGCAGAGCGACCAUCUGACCGGUUGAACAGGGAAAAAGUCCAGUAAGGAUCAUCGCUUGUCGUCAUCUGAUACAUCCUCAUGCGUCAUUGUAGUUUUCACACCGGCAGAUAAGAUAACCUUUAGGGUGCAGGGUAAGAGGAAGAGGGGCUCCUAUGUUAGAGUUUUAGGAUGGCCAGUGAAGGCGCCACUAUUCCCAGCCCCGUCGUCCGCCAGAUUGACAAGCAGUUCUUGAUCUGCAGCAUAUGUCUGGACCGCUACGAAAACCCCAAAGUUCUGCCCUGCCUGCACACCUUCUGUGAGAGGUGCCUGCAGAACUACAUCCCGGCCCACAGCCUCACAUUGUCGUGCCCCGUGUGCCGCCAGACCUCGAUCCUGCCGGAGAAGGGUGUGGCGGCAUUGCAGAAUAACUUCUUCAUCACCAACCUGAUGGACGUGCUGCAGCGGGCGCCGAAUAGCUGCAGCCAGGAGGCCGCUGCUCUCAACAACAUCACCACCGUGGCAGCAGGCCAGCUGCUCUCCUGCCCCAACCAUGGAGGCAACGUCAUGGAGUUUUAUUGUCCUCCUUGUGAGACAGCCAUGUGUCAGGAGUGUACAAGUGGUGAACAUGGAGAACACCCGACUGUGCCUCUCAAAGACGUAGUGGAACAACACAAGGCCUCAUUACAGGACCAGCUGGAUGCUGUCAAGAAGAGGUUACCAGAGAUCGACUCAGCCCUGCAGACGCUGUCAGAGAUCCUGCAGCAGCUGACCAAUCAGAAGAGCUCCAUUGAGGAUGACAUCCAUACUACCUUUGAUGAGCUGCAGAAGACCCUCAAUGUCCGCAAAAGCGUUUUGCUUAUGGAGCUGGAGGUCAACUACGGCCUCAAGCAGAAGGUGCUCCAAGCCCAGCUAGACACCCUGCUGCAGGGCCAGGAGGGCAUCAACAGCAGCUGUAACUUCACGGAACAGGCUCUGAGCCACGGCACCGAGGCCGAGGUGCUGCUGGUGAAAAAGCAGAUGAGCGAACGUCUCAUCGAGCUGGCCGGCCAGGAACUUCCUCUGCAGCCCGGGGAGAACGACCAACUGGACUUCCUCGUGGAGACAGAGGGCUUAAAGAAGUCCAUCCACAACCUGGGUACCAUAGUAACGACUAACGCUGUUGCCUCUGAGACUGUGGCUACUGGCGAAGGGCUGAGGCACUGUGUGAUGGGUGUGCCCACGUCCAUCACCAUAACCACUAAGGACAAAGAUGGAGAGCUGUGCAAGAUGGGCAACGCAGUCAUCACUGCUGAAAUCUUCUCACCUGAUGGUAGCAAAGGUGAAGGAGAGAUACAGGACAACAAGAAUGGCACUUAUGAGUACCUGUUCACAGCUCCUAAAGAAGGGACCUUUAAUUUAUCGCUGCGUUUAUAUGACCAACAUAUCAAAGGAAGCCCCUUUAAGAUAAAGGCCACCAAGUCUUUAGAUGUUUCGUCGACUUCAGACGGCAUCAAGAAGAGGCUGAAGUCACCAGGCAGCGGGCACAUCAAGCAGAAGGCCAUCAAGAGGCCGGCCAGUAUGUACAGCACAGGGAGGAGGAAAGAAAACCCCAUCGAAGACGACCUCAUCUUCAGAAUCGGCACUAAAGGAAGAAACAAAGGGGAGUUCACUAAUCUGCAGGGAGUGGCUGCCUCCUCUCUGGGAAAAGUACUGAUAGCAGACAGCAACAACCAGUGUGUUCAGAUUUUCUCCAAUGACGGCCAGUUCAAAAGUCGUUUUGGUGUCCGCGGCAGGACUCCAGGUCAGCUGCAGCGGCCGACAGGUGUGGCCGUCCACCCCAACGGCGACAUCAUCAUCGCUGACUAUGACAACAAAUGGGUCAGCAUCUUUUCAAGUGAAGGCAAGUUUAAGAACAAGAUCGGCUCAGGGAAGCUGAUGGGCCCUAAAGGCGUGUCGGUGGACAGAAACGGCCACAUCAUUGUGGUCGACAACAAGUCCUGCUGCGUCUUCAUCUUUCAACUCAACGGCAAGCUGGUCACCAAGUUUGGUAGUCGUGGCAACGGUGACAGGCAGUUUGCAGGUACACUCAAUGGUCCUCACUUUGCUGCUGUCAACAACAACAAUGAAAUCAUUGUAACAGAUUUCCACAACCACUCGGUCAAGGUAUUCAACACAGAAGGGGAAUUCUUACUGAAGUUUGGUUCUAACGGCGAGGGCAACGGCCAGUUCAACGCCCCUACAGGAGUAGCAGUGGAUGUCAAUGGAAACAUCAUAGUAGCAGACUGGGGCAACAGCCGGAUACAGGUGUUUGAUGGCAGCGGUUCGUUCCUCUCCUACAUCAACACAUCAGCAGACCCGCUGUACGGCCCUCAGGGUCUCGCUCUCACCUCUGACGGACACGUUGUGGUCGCCGAUUCUGGCAACCACUGCUUCAAAGUCUACCGUUACCUGCAGUAGCCCCUCAACCUCAACGCACAAACUGUACAGUGUAUGUAUAUAUAUCUCUCUAUAUAUAUACACACACACGACACACACACACACUUUCACACACUAGUACGGAGCGACCGGCGGAUUUGCACUCACCCAUUCAUCUUUGAUUCAUGCUGUCGUUGUGCCAUCUGUUUGACUGUUCUCCACGUGGCCGCCCUGCCUGACGCUGAAGAAAAAGAGAGAAUUUGUGGCGUGAAUGAAGUGAAAGGAACUAUGAUCUUCACAGACGGCUGACCGGCGCUGCGAGGAGUCACUCAUAACCUUGUUCACAUUCCAUCUUAACUUUGCUGAAUUGAAAAUUAAAACUUAAGUAUUGUACAUAUGUUAGACCUUUUGAGUUGUAGUGACAUGGCAAUUGUAUUCAAGUGCAAGAAAACUGGAAAAUAAUGCUGUUGUACUUGUUUCUGAAAAUACUGGUUGGACACUGUGUUAAGUUAGACUUAAAUCAAAGUAAAGAAAUAACUUAGUCACCUGAAAGAUAAUUAUAGUAACAAUAAUUGCAGCUUCCUUACAUCACGUUUUGCCUGUUUACCUUUAAAAGAAAUAUUGCAUCUAUGUAGGUAGCAGGGUAUUUUUGAGCAUGAUUAGGCGUCUCAGUGCAUGCAGUUUUUACUAAUAAACACCAGACAAGCUACUGUGCACAAUAUAGAAAGUAAUUAUGUUCCAGGCUGAUACUUAAAAACAUCACCGAAAGAAACUUUGAAUCAAAGCACCGUUAAAUUAUGAUACUUGUGUCUAUAUGUGAAAAUGACUUGUCGAUGUUAUGUCAUCCAUCCAAAAUUAAGCCACACAUAUGCUUAUUAAAUAACUUCAACUGAUUUGGUUUUACAAUACAAUAGUGUGUUUGUGUGUGUGUGUGUGUGUGUGUUAGUGUGAAAGACAAGUGUGUGUGUUGUGAUCAAUUAAGGUACCAAACAUAAGCCACUUGAUAAUGUUACUGUGUGUGUUUAGGCACUUGUGUGUUUGGGUGUGUAUGAAGCCUCUUGACAUCUUGACUUAAAAUCUGCAGUGAUUACGUGCAAACAUCAUAGAAUUUGUUGCAGAAUUUAAGGAAAUUGCUAAAAAAAAAAAAAAUAAUAAUUUGCAGAAGGUGCACUGAUCUUUGUUUAUCUUGCUGCAAUGUAGGUUUGAUCAAACAUCAGAGCUGCGUUCACCUUCACUCCUUUCUAUGUGCUCUUAUGUCUUUCAAAAAAAAUAAAUCUGUAGAACUACUAAGAAGUUGUAUUUUAGUAAAACAGUUCGUCUAUGCUCACAAAAACGAUGCAAGAUAUAGUUUAACAGUUGUUGUUAAAUGCACUGUGCUACCAUUAUGAUUAAAAAACUGUUUCAAGCACACAGUUUUAAUUAUUCUGAUUUUGGCUAUCCAUUUUCUACACAAUCGUGUUUAAAUUAUUUGUUUUCCAUUGUCUUGUUUAUAUUUGUAAUGCCAAAUGGAAUUAAAGUGCCCAUAGGAAAGAA